GUCAGAGGGUGCUGUGAAUGUUAUGUAGUCGGGAAUAUGUGGUGUGGACAAUGUUAUUAAUCGAGAUAUGCGGCUAUUUAAUUGAUACAUUCGCAACAUAAUUCGUAUUUGCUGGUCAAUGUGUCUUUGCUUCGAGACUUAUAUAAUAGCACAGCUAUUUGAAGAAAACAUUUUGCUGUAAUUUUUCUCCUGCAUGUGCAGGUAAUUACUUUAGGGUGACUCGUAGCUAGCAGUAGCUUCCUAACCGCUGCAUUUAGCAGACUUGUCACUUGUUAGUGAUAGGUCUGUUGACAUUUAGUCAGUUAGGUAGUCUGCCAAUUUGAUAGACGCAACAGCAACUGCACGCUAUUAACAAAAUGGGCUGUCUCAAAGCAACUAGACUAGCCUUGUCCUACGCUAGGACACUAAGCUUGUGCAAAACAUCAGCUGGUGUAGGAAACAUGAGUUCUGGCUAUCUCAGAAGAAGUCUCAGUUCCUGUUCGAGACUGCAAAGCAGUAUGUCUGCUUGGGUGAUUGACCAGUAUGGCACGAAUGGGGUUCUAAGUUUCACUGAAGAGUACACAACUCCUAGUGUACAUUUUGACAGUGAGGUUUUAAUUCAGAUCCAUGCUGCAAGUCUCAACCCUCUUGACAUAUCCAUGAGGGGGGGGUAUGGGGCCACAAUCCUGAAACUGCGACGAGACCCUUUGAGCCUGGUUAAACAAGGCAGCUCUGAGUUUCCAAUUGUAUUGGGUCGUGACCUAUCUGGUGUGGUGGUGGACUGUGGGUCUGGGGUGACACACUUUAAACCAGGAGAUGAGGUGUGGGCAGCAAUUCCACCAUGGAAACAAGGUAGCCUUGCAGAGUUUGUGACUCUAACAGAACAUGAGGUCUCACACAAACCAAGAUCACUGAGUCACACAGAGGCAGCAUCCAUCCCCUAUGUGGCUGCGACGGCCUUGUCUGCCCUUGUCAAUGCCGCUGGCCUCUGCAGAGACAACUGCAAUGACAAACGAGUCCUGAUCAUUGGAGGGUCAGGAGGUGUUGGGACAUUUUCUAUCCAGUUAUUGAAAGCCUGGGGUGCACAUGUGACUGUUACCUGUUCCCACAAUGCUGAGGGGCUUGUGCGAGGUCUGGGCGCGGACGAGGUGGUGGACUACACAGCCGGAGAUGUAGAAGGACGGCUGAAUCUGAUGAACAAGUUCGAUGUGGUCCUGGACAACGUGGGAGGAAACACAGAGCAGUGGGCCGUGGGUCUGCUCAAGCCCUGGAGCGGUGCCAAGUUCGUCACCCUGGUCUCCCCCUUCCUGAUGAACACAGACUCCAUGGGCCUACUGGACGGAGCCAUGCGCUCAGGGCUCACUUUCCACGACAAGGCCACACAGAACAUCUUGUGUAACGGGGUAUUCUACCGCUGGGCUUUCUAUGCUCCUGAUGGUCCUGCUCUCGACCAAAUCACUGAGCUGGUGGACGCCGGAAAGAUCUUGCCGGUGGUGGAGGCUCGCUUCUCGUUCUCCCACGUGCCCCAGGCCUUCUUGAAGGUGGAGCAAGGUCACGCCAGGGGCAAGACGGUGGUGAUGCUGGUGGAGGAGGUGGAGCACGCCCAUGGCGACACCCCAGAAACGCCAAAGGAAGUCGGGCAGCACAGAAAAGUCAAGUCAUUGUGAUAAAGCACCAGUAUAUCACAAAUGGAAUGUCUUCCCUAGUUGCCCGAAUGGAACUCGUCCAUGAAUUUUACAGAAAUACAGGGAUUUUAAAUGCACGUGGGAAGAGAAAUAUUUGUGAUAAAGACACUCGACUGCUAUAGAGUAUUUUAUGUUUUACUUGAAAUUAAAAGGCACCUACAUAGGGGAACUUUGAUAAACCUCUAUACAAUUAUAUCAUGUAUUUACUGUACAUGUAGCAAUCUUUACGUUAUUUUUAGCAAUUGAGAAGUUUAUAUCUGUGGUUGAGUGAUUAAUGUUGUAUAAGUCAACCUGAUAUCUCCAUGGUUGUUUUUGAUAUUUGUCACAACAAAUUAUACAAACACUCAAUGCAUGACGUGAAUUAAUUGGUACCCUGGUAUGAAAUAUUUAUUUAUUAAUCAAAAAUAAUACAGUUGUUUAUUGCA